AUUGUGUUGUUAUUUAUUUAAACAGGAGAUUCUAGGCUGUGUAAAUGGGAAAAUGCCGGUGUUUUUACAGGAGAGAGCGACGUUCUCUCUUUUGGGACAGUGUGUUUUGUAUGGCAGAGGCAAUGGGAAAAUGUCGAGGGAUGGAAUGGAAGAGGGUGAUUGAUUCAGUGAUGAAUUGCCUGGAAGUGUUUGGAGGAAGCAAUGGAGGGACGAGUUGAGGGUGUGAUAAACUUGAUGGGAUUGUUCAAAAGAUGGGCUCUGUAUUUGGUUGGUGUGUGACUCCUUUGAAGAAUAUGGUACAGGCAUAGAUUAGGUUCCGAAGCUGCAUCACUUACAUUGGAAUGGGCAGAUAGUUUCUCAUUGUAUGUCCACGGAUGUCGCAAUCAUGUGUGGAAUAUAAGGAGAAUGCAGCGCUGCGCAGGCAUUCUAUGUGGUCAAGUUUAGCUGUGGAUCAUCUUUUGGGAAUUUUGAUUGGCUCGGCACUCUUACUUCAUGCUGAAUCUGUUUGCUUAUGGAUUUUGACCUUUGCCAGCGUCAUUACGAAUGAGUUGUUGCGCUCAGGUUGUGUGUGGUUGAUGGGAGUACCAGCAGGUUUCAAGUCGAAUACAGAACUGGCAGGAGUUCUUGGCGUGAUUUCAAUAUAUGCAAUACAAAUAUGGCCUACCCUUUGGAUCUUAAUUGAUUUCCUCUUCAUUUAUUUCAUUAAGGGACUUGGUCUACUGGGGAUUCUUUUUGGAGCAACUAUUCCUGCUGCUUUGAUCACAGAUAUGGUUUCCCUAGCAACAUUGCAACUCUUCACUGGGCAAUCUCAGUCCUGUAUUCCCGGCAAAUACAAGCUUUAGCAGCUCUGUGACAUCUUUUCAGGUAAAAAUUGAACAUCCCUUGAAGAUUCUAUCUACAAUUAUAAUUCAAAAUUACUCUCUGUUAAAUAAACUAUUGCUCGUGAUGUGUAAUUGAUGAUAACGUGAGUUAUGCUACGGGGAUGUCACAUGACCGACAACAAAGUUGCUUUGGAUCCUUCAAGUAAAGCUCGGAAAAAAGCCCAAUUAAGGAUUCCUGGGGGAAAAAAAAGAAAGUUCAUAUAGGAACCUUAAAAUUCCAAAACAAAGAAUGGCAAAUGAGAAAAAAAAAAAAAAAAAUUCUUCUCU